UUUUAAUCAAAUAAGACUCCAUUGUAGCUUCCGAGAUUUAAAGCUUUUGCUUGACUAAGUGCAAACAAUCUUUAGACUGAAGUCUCUGUCUGCAACCCAAAAAAAAAAAGAUAUAUAUUGGAGUAAAAGAGACGAGAAGAGAGACUAGAGCAUUGUGCGUGAACCCGGUAAAAAAGGAAGAUGCGUUACAUAUAUCUGAAGCAUGCAAGGCUCCAUUACUCACCUCAACUAACUCUCUGAUGGCCAAAAACAUACAGAGACAAAUCAGACUAAAGAGUAUUUAAUAAGCAUCAUCUAAUAAAGGGCCUAGCCUAUUAACUACUACACAAAUCGAAAUCUUUUUAUGCCAGGUUCGAUAGAAGAAACAAACUUGUGUAAAAUCAUGCUGCGAAACAGAGUUCUUGCGUUCUUGGUGCUCACAGCUCAGCUCUUGGUGAUGGUACCUGAAACAAGUGCGAAAGUUCUUGCACUUAUCGUAUUUGGGGACUCCACCGUGGAUUCAGGAAACAACAACCAGAUUUCUACAGUUCUAAAAAGUAACUUCCAGCCGUAUGGCCGAGAUUACUUAGAUGGCAAAGCAACCGGGAGAUUCUCAAACGGUCGGAUUGCACCAGAUUUCAUUUCUGAAGGUUUGGGACUCAAGAACGCAGUCCCUGCCUACCUAGAUCCAGAAUACAACAUCGUAGACUUUGCCACUGGUGUCUGUUUCGCUUCAGCUGGUACCGGCUUAGACAAUGCAACCUCUUCUGUGUUAUCUGUGAUGCCGCUUUGGAAGGAAGUGGAGUACUACAAAGAAUACCAGACCAGGCUAAGAAGCUACUUAGGUGAAGAGAAAGCUAAUGAGAUUAUUAAGGAGUCACUAUACCUAAUUAGUAUCGGAACCAACGAUUUCCUGGAGAAUUACUAUCUUCUUCCCCGUAAGUUGAGGAAGUACUCUGUGAGUGAGUACCAAGACUUCCUGAUAGGUAUCGCAGGAGAUUUCGUGAAAGAUAUUUACAGACUCGGAGCUCGGAAGAUGUCUUAUUCAGGACUCUCUCCUUUUGGAUGCUUGCCCUUGGAAAGAACAACUCAGAUCUUUUAUGGAAGCAAAUGCAUCCAAGAAUACAACAAAGUGGCUAGAGAUUUCAACACCAAGAUGAAUGAAAAAGUCUCCAAGUUGAACAAAGAACUUGACGGACUCCAGCUUGUGUUUUCAAAUCCGUAUGAUCUGGUUUCAGAAAUCCUAAACCACCCUGAAGCAUUCGGUUUUGAAAAUGUAAGGAGUGCAUGCUGCGGAACAGGAUACUAUGAGAUGAGCUACUUGUGUGAUAAAAUGAACCCAUUCACUUGUUCUGAUGCGAGCAAAUAUGUAUUUUGGGACUCAUUUCACCCAUCAGAGAAGACAAACGGAAUCGUAGCAAGCCAUAUUCUGAAGUACGACUUGUCUCGGUUUCACUGAUAGAUAAGAAAGGUCCAUACCACCAGGCACAAUAUUUAAACAUACUACAUUCUUUCUUCUAAAACAUAAAACAGUUGUCAUUAAGUUUCUUGAUAUCAGUCAAAAAUCAAGCUUCCAGAUUGUUGUAAAAGAAACCAUUUUUCUUACUUUAUGUUCAUGUAACUACUUAAUAGAUGCUGCUGUGAUAUUAUAUAAAGAUGAAUCAGAUCAAACUGUUAGACUCAUAA